AUGCGGUUCCUCCUGCCUGUGGCCUUGGUGGCCACCACGCUGGCCGUUCCCCCUGUCCGCUUCGACAGGGAGAAGGUGCUGCACGUGAACCUCCAGGAUGAGAAGCAAGCGAAUGUCCUGAAGGGCUUGGCCGACACCCACGAGCUGGACUUCUGGUACCCCGAUGCCCCCCACCACGUGGCCGGCAACAUGACUGUGGACUUCCGGGUCAGCGAAAAGGAGUUCCAGUCGGUCCAGCUUGCCUUGGAUCAACAUGAAAUGCGCUAUGAAAUCUUGAUUCAUGAUCUACAAGAAGUGAUUGAGAAACAGUUUGAUGUUAAAGAAGAUAUUCCCGGCAGGCACACCUAUGCAAAGUACAACACCUGGGACAAGAUUGUUGCUUGGACUGAAAAAAUGGUGCAUAAGCAUCCUGAAAUGGUCUCUCGCAUUAAAAUCGGAACUACUAUUGAAGAUAAUCCGCUGUACGUUCUCAAGAUUGGAACAGGGGAUGAAAGAAGAAAGGCUAUUUUUAUGGACUGUGGCAUCCACGCCCGGGAGUGGAUCUCCCCCGCAUUCUGCCAGUGGUUCGUCUACCAGGCAGCCAAAAGUUACGGUAAAAACAAAAUUAUGACCAAACUCCUAGACCGAAUGAAUUUUUAUGUUCUCCCUGUGUUUAACGUUGACGGGUAUAUUUGGACCUGGAAACAGAACCGCAUGUGGAGGAAAAACCGGUCCAGGAACCUGAACUCCAAGUGCAUCGGCACUGACCUCAACAGGAACUUCAAUGCCUCGUGGAACUCUUUUCCUGACACCAACAAACCGUGCGGGGAAACCUACGCGGGCCCCGCCCCGGAGUCCGAGAAGGAGACCAGAGCUGUCACCGACUUCAUUCGAAAGCACCGGAAGUCGCUGGAGGCCUACAUCACCAUCCACUCCUACUCCCAGAUGGUACUGUUUCCUUACGGAUACACAGCAAAACUGCCACCUGACCAGGAGGAACUGACCAAAGUCGCAAAGGUCAGCACUGAUGCUUUAUCAUCUCGAUAUGAAACCCGCUACAUCUACGGUUCGAUAGCAUCAACAAUUUACCGGACCUCAGGCUCCUCUUUAGACUGGGCUUACAACCUGGGCAUCAAACACACCUUUGCCUUUGAGCUCCGAGACAAAGGCAGGUUCGGUUUUCUCCUCCCGGAAUCUCAGAUAAAGUCGACCUGCAAAGAGACCAUGCUAGCUGUCAAGUAUAUUGCCAAGUACAUCCUCAGGCAUGCUUCCUAAAACUCUGCCCUCAGCUUGGAACAAGAAGGGCCAUUCUUCUCGGUGCCUUCCAGCACAAUGUCCAUCUUCAAGUAUCCCGGAAUGAAGCUUCCAUGUCACCUGGCUUGCUCAUUGAGGCCCCAUGUAAUUUCUUUUUGCUUUUAUUUUCUCUCAGCAGGAACUUAACAAAUAGCUUUCAGAGAAAACUUUUCAUUACCUUUCUUUGCUCCAAGUAAAGUUCGAGCGCAGCACAAAGUAGUAUUUCGACUGUUGUCAAAGGCGAUACUCAGGGGUCACAGGCAAAAGGUGGGAACUCUCGGUGUCUCCAGAAUCAGAGCUUCACCGUGUGGCUUCAUGAAAUUCAUCUUCUGCUUUUCAUAAACUAUAGAGUUCAUAAAAACUAUACAUUGCUCUAUUAGCACUAAUAAUCAAGCACUAAUGUUUCUCAUGUGUU